GCGGGGCCUGCUGACGGGCAGGCUCCUCCCUCUCACGAUGCGGCGUGAAGCACGGGCCGGAACACCCUUUCCGGAACACCAUUUCGGGAAGUCCACUUCGGGAACAUCAUUUCGGAAACACCAUAAAAUCGUGCUACUCUUACUGUAAAUCUAGAACUCUGCGCGCUAAAAUUACUCGUCAUCCCAUGAUGCUUAUCCUUACUUUUGAAAAUUGUUUGUAAAAUAAUGACUGUCGUAGGUACUUGCGACCAAAGUGACCAUAGAUUUACAGUGACUUUAUGAAGUUUUAAUUAGUGUCGGAAUAUGCGGGGGAGCUUGUCACGUGACAAUGGGUUUAGAAACUGCGUGCACGGCCAACGGCCAGUUCGUUGACUGGUAUCACAAAUUAAUUUCGCAUUUGCUCGGACAACUAAUGCAGUUGGGCAACUGCAGGGAACGCUUCAUCUGCGACUGUCACAGAAUAGCUCUCGAAACGAAUUAUAAGCCAGUGUUCCUAAUUUUCCUGUCUGUCCCCCAGGCAUCUAACAUUUAGCUCGCAGCUAAUUUAUUUUUUUCCGUGCGCUCUUUCUCCUGAUUACAGUCGGAAAGUCAGUCACCGAGGCGCCUUAUGUGAGGCCCCAUGCGAGUAUGCAACAAGCGACCGCACGCCUGCACUCGAUACAGAAAAAUCAGAAAGAAAGAAGGGGCCGAUUGGCGGCCCUGCGUUUCAUUGAAUGCGGAGAACAUUAUUGAAAAUCGAGAACACAUUUCGCGUUUUUCUGGGUGUACUUACAGGGAUGGAAUGUGCUAGCGGCUCACGUCGUGGCCGCAUUCUCGCCGCGAAUGAGAUCAGCUGCUUCUGAGGAUGUACACAGGUCGUCAGCGGUUCCAAUUCGCCAGUCUCGUCUGAACCGCUCCAGCACACCUUGCCGCGGAGUGCGGAGUGUAGCGAGGCGCGCGGGACUCAGAGAGCGGCUGCUGUCUGGGGUCGGGGGGACUCGCACAACAUCCGCCUGCAACAAAGGGAAAAUCAAAUUAUACCUCGGAGGAAACAUGAAAUAAUAUACAACAUAUCAUUCAUAACUAGCAGCUCGCUACACUUCCUGUAAGAAGACACCCCGGUGAGAGAUAUAGCCCGCGGGGCGGGGCGGGGCGGGGCGCGGCGGCGCGGCGCGCUAGUGUAGCCAUUGUGCUCGCGCUACGCUACGCUCCGCUCCCCGCGCCGCGCGCCCCCUCCGCGACGCCCCCGACCGCGGCCGGCCGAGGGGGGGUCGCCGCGCCGCCAUUGGCCGCGGGUGCCGCCGCGUCCCCCCACCACGGCGCGGCCGGGCCAAUGGCGGGCGCGCUGGGCCGCGGGAGGCUGGAGGCAUCCCAGCUGGAGCCGGAGCGGGAGGAGGAGGAGGAGGAGGAGGGCGAGGAGGAGGACGCCCUGGCUGGAGGCCGUGGUCGCGGGUCGGGCCGGCGGCAUCACUCCUCGUCCGACCGUUGCCGCGCGCGUACCGCCCGUGCCGUGCUGCUCCAGUGCGUGAGCACGCCCGCGUGUGCCUGUGUGUGUGUGAGGGUGCGUGUGAGUGCGGCCUGUUGCCGAGGGCUGGCCCGCGAGGCGCCCACAGCCCCGCCCUGCUUCAAACCAUGGCCAUGUCCGGCAUGGACAUGUCGGCCGGGAUGGACAUGACGGCGGCGCUGGCCAUGUCGCAGCACCCGGUGCUCGGCGGCAUCCCGCCCGCCUUCUUCCUGCGCGCCUCGGAGCGCUACCAGCGCACGCCCAAGUGCGCCCGCUGCCGCAACCACGGCGUCGUCUCCGCCCUCAAGGGCCACAAGCGCUACUGCCGCUGGAGGGACUGCGUGUGCGCCAAGUGCACCCUCAUCGCCGAGAGGCAGCGCGUCAUGGCCGCCCAGGUGGCGCUGCGCCGCCAGCAGGCCCAGGAGGAGAGCGAGGCCCGCGAGCUGGGCCUCAUGUACGCGUCGCCGCCCGGCUCCAACCCGGGUGCCAACGGCGGCGGCGGCGGGGGCGGCGCGCCCGUGCUGCCCGGGGGGCCGUCGCCGCCCCUCAGCCUGAGCGCGCCCGGGCCGCUGGGCACGCCGCCGGGCGCCGCCUCCACCCCGGCGCACGCCGCCGACCUGGGGCCGAGCCUGGGGCUCGCCGGCCUGCUGCAGCCCAGGGGCGGCGCCUCGCAGCCCGCCUUCCCCGGCGUGGAGCCCGGCAGUCCCAACAGUGAGUACUACCUCAACCGUAAAAAAUGUUAUAUUAUUAUGGGAAAUGUUGAUCUUGUUCUUGUUUUGGGUUUGUAA